CCCGCGUACCGUCCGGCCCCGGCCGGAACAUGCGUUCUAUAAAAGCAAUCGGUCGGCCGGGCUCGGCAGUCAUUCCCUGGGAAUCUCUCUUUCCACCAUCAUGGCGAACGCAGUCACCUGGUGCGUCGCCAUCCUGGUCAUCGCCGUCUGCGGCCAGCACUUCGAGCGCGCCCAUGGCGCUGCCGUCGGAGUGGCCGCUGGCGGCCUCUGCCCCUGUGACCAGGUUCAGGGGGAGCACGAGGUCAGCCCGGCCUGCAACAAGAAGGUCCUGCGCCUGCUCGAGAGCACCGGCAAGGCACUGACCCAGGUCAGCGACGCGCUGCGCUCGCCCAGCAACAACAAGAACCAGGCCUCCGCCACCAUCAACCUGGGCGGCAUGCCGCACCCGGCCCUCUACGGCGGCCACGCCCAGCUGCCCGUCAACCCCUUCUACUACAUGUACCCCGGCGGCCAGGCUCACCUGCCCAACAACCCCCUGGCCAACAGCCUCCAGUCCGCGUUCGGCCAGCAGCAGUCGGCCGUCAACGCCUUCAGCGUAAGCAACAGCGCCAGCAGCUGCGGCGCGGGCAAGACCGACUCCGACAAGGCCGGCACCCAGUACUACGUGCAACUGCCCAACGGAGAUGUGCAGCCACUCAGUGACUUUAUCGUGGACUCCAAGACCGAUUCCAACUCCAAGAAGUCGUCGUCGUCGUCCUCCUCCUCGUCCUCCUCAUCUUCGUCAUCGACGUCGUCGUCCUCAAACUCCGCGACCUCCAACCUCAAGGUCGUCCUGCCGGACGGCACAGAGAUUGCGUACAACGACUACCUUUCCGUCGUCAAGACCAUCCAGUCCCACAAGGCUGUGCAGGUCAUCCUGCCCAACGGCAAGAUGACUGAGGUCAACUCUUUGGAGGAGAUCUCGCAGAUCGCCAAUAACUCCCCGAGCGCCAUCCUUCUCCUGGACAACGGGGCUGGCAUCCACGCCGACAGCUACGUCAACAUCGUCAACAACUACCGCACCAACCAGCUGAAGAUCAAGCUUCCGAACGGCGAGACCAAGCCCCUGAUUACCUCGUCCUCCUCCUCCUCGUCCUCGUCUUCGUCCUCGUCGUCCUCGUACUCAAACGGCGGCAAGGGAAGCGGAAACGGAAACGGCAGCGGCAGCGACGCAACCACCACUACUGCCAAGCCCUCCGGCAGCGGUUCCUCCUCCUCUUCGUCCUCGUCCUCGUCAUCUUCGUCCUCGUCUUCCGGCAACGGCAGCGACAACGGCAGCGACGCAUCAACCACUACCACCGCCAAGCCCUCCGGUAGCGGCAGCGGGUCUGGCCAGGGCUCCGGCCAGGGCUCCGGCCAGGGCUCCGGCCAGGGCUACGACUCCGACUCCACCACGACCACCACCGCGCAGCCCAAGCAGGUCGACGAGUCCGACAAGACGAGCGAGACCGAGGAGAAGCACGCCGAGGCCAAGUCCGCCUCGGCCUCGUCCGACAAGAAGACAGCCGACGGCUCCAUCAAGUCGUCCUCCGCUGCGGCAGCGGCCGCCUCCUCGGCGAACAAGAAGAAGAACCACCAGCACACCAAGAAGGUCGUGAACGCCGACGGCAGCGUGUCCGAAGUGUCCGAGGACGAGAGCGAGGAGGACAAGAAGAGUGACGCCAGCUCAGCCUCCGCGUCCAGCAAGAAGGUCGUCUCCGGCAACACCGUGAGCAAGACCUCGAGCGCCUCGUCCAGCUCUUCCAGCUCGCACAGCACCAACACCGAGAAGCACACCAAGAACAACAACCAGUCUGGCAGCUCCAGCGGCUCCAGCACCACAACCGAGCAGCCCGGCGACUCCACCACCAAGUCCGGCAACCAGGGCGGCAGCGGCUCCUCCACCACCGAGUCCGGCAACCAGGGUGGCAGCGGCUCCUCCACCACCGAGUCCGGCAACCAGGGCGGCAGCGGCUCCUCCACCACUCAGUCCGGCAACCAGGGCGGCAGCGGCUCCUCCACCACGCCUUCAUCUUACAACCAAAACGGCGGCUCUUCCACGACCCAGUCCGGCGGCCAGAACGGCGGCCAGAACGGAGGCCAGAACGGCGGCCAGUACGGCGGCUCCUCCAGCACCACUCCGUCAAGCAACCAGAACGGAGGUGACUCCACCACGACUAGCUCCGGCUCCGGCUACGGCCAGGGCGAGACCACUACUGCCACCCCCACCACGACAGGCUCCGGCUCUUCGACCGGGUCCACCUCUGGCCAGACCGUGUUCGUGUACUUCAUCACAGGAGACGGCCACGCCAUCCCGUCCUCCGGCGACUGGAAGGGCAAGGACAUCCAGUUCGGCAUCACCAACACCGGCGAGGUGAUGAACUUCUCCAAGGGCGGCCGCGGCAGCAGCACGACGACUACGGCCGCGCCCUCAACCACUCCCUCUUCAACCAGCGGUUCAUCCGGAACCACCUCAACGACCACCCCCUCCUACUCCGGGAACAGCGGCAGCACUCCCGGCCACUCUACCAACAACUACUACUUCACGUACAACGCGGCUGGUGAGCUCGUGAGGGUCCCCAUCCCCGCCCAGCACACCAACGGCGCCAACGGCGGCAACGGUGGUUCGUCCUCCAAGAUGCCCAGCGACGCCCAGUUCGGCAUCACCAAGGAGGGCAAGGUCAUGAACCUGUCGCAGUUGAACGGACAUCAGUCCGUCGACUUCUCGUACUACAUCACCAAGACCGGUAAGAUUGUCCCGGGCUCUGGCUCCUCUUCCUCAUCAUCCUCGACCACGUCGACGACCACAACGACGACGCCCGCUCCCUCUACCGGCAACCCCGAGUACGUCAUCAACAAGAACGGCGACGUGACCAUCGUGUCGACAAACAACAACAACGUGAACGUGGUCUACAAGCAGGUGGUCGACAAGUAUGGCAACACGCACUUGGUCCCCGUUAACCCCAAAAACCAGGGCUCUUCCUCGACCUCCUCCUCCUCAUCCGCCUCGUCCUCAUCCUCGACUUCCGGCUCAUCCCCCUCCGGAUCAUCGAAGGCGACCGCCUCCGCUAGCAGCAGCAGCAGCAGCAGCAGCAGCAGCGCCACCAACGCCGGCUCAUCCCUCAAGCCCGUCACCCUGACCGACUCGAACGGCAACACCAUCCAGGCGUACGUCGUGGACGACUCUCAGAAAUCGUCGACCUCCUCCGGGUCCUCCGGGUACAAGCCCGGCACCCCCGCCUACCAGCCGGCAAACAACCAGCAGUCCGCUUACAACCAGCAGUCGCAGUCCCAGUACAAGGUCAUCACCGACGGCAGCGGCAACACCUUCCUGGUGCCCAAAUCCUACCCAGGCGGUGAGGACGGCCAAGGCAGCAGCAGCAGCAGCGGCACCAGCCAGACCACAUGGGGAAACAACGGCCAGGCGCCCAGCGGCACCCAGUGGGGCCAGUCCUCGAGCACAGAGUACGAGUUCAUCAGGGGCGCUGACGGCAAGACCUACGUCGUCGAGAAGAGCAGCUGCUCCAAGGGCAACUUCAAUAGCGGCAGCUUCUCGUCCUCGUCCUCGGUCCAGCACCAGAGCGCCGCCCCGGCCAAGGAGGGUUACACCAAGGUGACCUGGGAGAACAUCGUGUCCCCCGACGGCUCGGUGCUGACGGUGCCCGUCAAGACCGUGUACAACGCGGACGGGUCCUUCACCGCCCAGGUGACCUACAACCCCUCGCCCCAGUCGCAGAACACCCUGUGCACCAAGCUCGGCGCCGGGUCGAGCAGCAGCAGCGGUAGCCAGAGCCAGCACGGCCAGUACGUACAGAACGUACAGAACGCCGUCAGGUACAGCAGCAACCAGUACGCCAGCGCCCAACCCUGUCCUUGCCAGUAAUUGUGAGCUGUUGAAGGGGUGAGAAAAUGUGAAAGAGAUGAAUGGUUGAUUGUCGAGAAGUGUGAUAAUUGUAAUAAAUUAUUGAUAACAAAA